UUACUGUUGACGGAGAUUUGAUUGUCAAUAAGAUAUCGACGAUUCAUUUCAAGAAACAUAAAACCAUUAGCAAAGGGGGAAAAGAAGAAAUAAAGCGUCUAGAUAUACAACAAUCGUUUACUGCCAUCUGUAGUGAAGAGUUUUAAAGAGACUUGAAAAUUUGUUCAUGCAACGAUAAAGUUUCUACUGGUAGGGACCAGGUUCCAUAACUAGCAGACGACCAAGUCUAGCAGACGGCGCAUAGCUGGCGUCGUUCGCGGGCGCUUGUGAUUUUCUUUUAAAUCGAGGAACGCUGGAAAGUCAUACGCUUCUCGUGAUUAAAUAUCAUUCUAUCUCGUGGGACGUGUGAAAAUCAAUCAAAAUGGAUCCCGAAGCAUUCCUGGACAUGGCCAAUCAGGUCAUUAAAUUGAAAAUGUUCCCAUACUUCGAUAUCGCGCACAGCGUGCUCUGCGCGUUACACGUCAGAGAAGAUUUAGGACCCGGUGCCCAAGCAUUCUCUCGGAAACAUCCUCUAUCAUGUUGGCUUUCAACAAUGUUGGUAGUAUUUGCAAGUGGUAUGCUAUGCAAUGGUCUUUUAGGAGAACCAAUUCUUGCACCUUUGAAAAACACACCGCAAGUGGCUGUUGCAACUGUUGUUUGGUAUGUGAUAUUUUAUACACCAUUUGAUAUUGGAUAUAAGGUAGCCAAAUUUCUACCAGUAAAAAUUGUAUGCGCAACUAUGAAGGAAAUAUAUAGGUGUAAGAAGGUAUACGAUGGAGUAACUCAUGCAGGAAAGCUUUAUCCAAAUGCUUAUCUUAUUAUGAUCUUAAUUGGAACACUCAAAGGAAAUGGUGCAGGUUUUACAAAAUUAUUUGAACGUCUUAUACGAGGAAUAUGGACCCCAACUGCUAUGGAAUUUAUGCAACCUAGCUUCCCUACGAAAGCGUCAAUGGUUGCUUCUAUUAUCUUCGUCCUAGACAAAAAGACUGAUCUUAUUUCGGCACCACAUGCAUUGGUUUACUUCGGUAUCGUUAUCUUCUUCGUGUAUUUCAAGCUUUCUUCCAUCUUACUUGGAAUUCACGAUCCAUUUGUACCUUUUGAAAAUCUGUUUUGCGCGUUGUUCCUCGGAGGAAUUUGGGAUUCGUUAGCCAAAUUGCUGGGCCGAGGCCAAGCUAAAGACGAGAAAGCAGAUGCCAAGAAAAAGGACUAAAUGUAACUACUUAAAACUCAACAAAACCGACUUUAAAUAUUAGUGAUGACGUGCUAAAAAAAAAAAAAAAAAUCAGUGAGCAGAAUCGAUUUAAUCUA